UAUCACCAACGUCUAGGGUCGGUUUCACUUUUCUUGCUUUUUAUUCUGUUUGAGUUAAUAAAAGGAAAAAUUAGAUUCGUUAAAAUUUUAUGUUUUCUUAAUAAUUAUAAAUAUGACAAUUCUAGUGAUUGAAAAAGUUAUAUCAAAAUUUUUAUUCUUAGCUCUUGGCUUUUUAAUAGUUUUGAAUAGAUCAACGGUAAGCAGCAAUGCUGGUUCUGGAAUUCAUAGACGGUUCGAAUACAAAUAUUCGUUUAAACCACCUUAUUUAGCACAAAAAGAUGGAACUGUUCCUUUCUGGGCAUAUGGAGGAAAUGCCAUUGCCAGUUCAGAGAGCGUUCGUGUAGCACCAUCACUUAGAUCGCAAAAAGGUGCUAUUUGGACAAAAACAAGAACUAACUUCGACUGGUGGGAAGUUGAAAUAUCAUUUAGAAUUACGGGAAGAAAUCGUGUUGGAGCAGAUGGGUUAGCAUUUUGGUAUACAGAAAAUCAAGGAGAUUACAAUGGUCCAGUAUUUGGUUCUUCGGAUCGUUGGAAUGGUGUAGGAAUAUUUUUUGAUUCUUUUGACAAUGACAAUAAACAUAACAAUCCAUACAUUAUGGCCGUUUUAAACGAUGGCACAAAAUCAUUUGAUCAUCAAAACGAUGGAACUACACAACUUUUAUCCGGGUGUUUGCGAGAUUUUAGAAAUAAACCAUUUCCAACUCGUGCAAAAAUUGAAUAUUAUAAUAAUAUUCUAACAGUUUUGUUCCAUAAUGGAAUGACUAACAACAAUGACGAUUAUGAAUUGUGUCUUCGAGCUGAUGGCGUUCAUUUACCGAAAAACGGAUUCUUUGGUUUGUCAGCUGCAACUGGUGGUUUGGCAGACGACCAUGAUGUUUUCCAUUUCCUUACAACUUCCCUUCAUCCACCUGGUGCAUUGGCAGAUUCUCCUAAUAGAGUUGGUGAAGAUUCAGAAAAAUUAGCUAGAGAAUAUCAAGAGUAUCAAUCUAAAUUAGAAAAACAGAAAGAGGAAUAUAGAAGGGAGCACCCUGAUGAGCAUAAGGACGAGGAAUUUGAUGAAUGGUUUGAAUCUGAUAAUCAAAGAGAAUUGCGUCAAAUAUUUCAAGUUCAGUCACACAUUAGUGAUUCUGUAAAAGAUCUAUCUCGUAAAAUGGAUGAAGUAAUUGGUAGACAAGAAAGAACUUUGGGUUUACUAUCGGCUCAACCUCAAAUUCAAGGUCAACAAGUCGCCGGUGGGGGACCAAUUACAGUUACUGGGACAAUAACUAGAAGUGAAGUCGACAUUGUUAUAAAUAAUAUAAAUGUUUUAAUAAAUGAUAUUAGAGACGUAAAAAAUGUUUUGAACGAUGUAAGCUCUAGAACAAAUUCAAUUUUACAAAAUCAGGCUAGAGCUCCCACUGCACAAGUGCAAGCUGGUGGAGCAUAUGAUAUGCAAAGCAUCAUUCAUGAAAUGAGAGAUGGCUUAAAUCAAGUGAAAAAUGAAAUGCAGCAAGUUGGUCAUAAAUUUUCGCAACCCUCGGCUCAAAUAGGAUGUCCAACGCAAAAUUGUGUUGGAGUAACCAUGUUUUUAGCCACAACGAUAGUUAAUUUAAUAAUUAUAUUAUCAUACCAAUUUUACAAGAGUCGAAGCGAAACGCAAGCAAAAAAAUUUUAUUAAAUUCGUCCGUUACAUAGGAUUUACAAGAUACUUGACUUAUGAGCUAAUCUUAACUGAUACAAUGGCAACAAUAGUAAUUUGUAACAACUUAUUUUAAGUUAAUUAUUAUUAAACAUAAUUAUCACAAGAUUGAAUGAAGCAAUUUAAGAGUAGUUCAUUAGUUAAAAAUUUUAACCUAGUUUCCCCCCCUCAUAAUUUUUUUUUUUUUUUUGCCCUUUUUGAGAACAUUUUUAUUGAACAUUAUAAAAUGUAAAGAAAAUCUGUUGAUACUCAGAGCGUAAACAUUCCAAAAUGUGAUUUGUGAUUUUAUUUCGUAAUUUGAGAUGUAGAAAAGAUAAGUGCUUUAAGUCUAUUUUAAAUUAUAAUAUUUAAUAUGAAAAUAGUAUACAUAUCUCUUUAAAUAGAUUUAUUGAACGGUUUAUAUAUUACAGUGUUUUCAAUUUCAAUAGAUAUAAACUCAUUGAUAUGCCUAAAGUGAAUAAACUUAUCUAAAAAUAGUUGACAUCACGAUAUGGUUAUCAUUUAUAAUUAAAAAAUUUUUAUCAGUAAAAUAUCUUUUUCUUUUGAAAUGUAAAAAGCCUGAGUAACUCAUUAAAACCUUAAAAAAUAAUUUUGUAUUUUUGUAAUAUUUGUAAUUUGUCCUUUUUGGAAUCAUAUAUGGCGAUUUUAUUUAUUCCUUUUUCCAUGUCACUUAGUGACCUUAUAUUUUGUAUAAAUGCGCUUUUUUUUUUUUCUUAAAAACAUCAAAAAACAAAACCUUCCAUAAAUUCUAGGAAUUUUUUUUUUAACAGUUAAUAAUUGUAAUUUCGAUGUAAAAUUUAAUUUAAGUCAAUUUUUAAAUAAGGAUUGCGUAGAAGUACACGCAAAUGAAAUUAAUUAUAUACUUAAUGUUGGAAAUUAUGUAUACAUAAAUAUAUAUACAUAAUUUAAUUAACUAUUAUAUAAAAAAUUGAAGACUAGAAUAAAUUUUUUUAUAAUAAUAAAAAAUGAACAUAUAAAAAAGAAAUGUGUCAAAAAUUCAGGUCCCAUUGCAAGUUUGAGAGAAAAAAUUUAUUUUAGAGCUAAUUUAUUUAAUUGUAAACGAUGCAUUUAUGCGAAAUUUUAUAUAGUUUGUAUAUAUGUUGAUAUAUACCUUUUAGAAUUUUUUGAUAGACAAAAUUAGCUUGGUUUAAGAUUUAAUACAUGUUGCUAUAUAAUAAUUAUCUAUAUUUAUUAAAAUAAGUUCUCGAUGUUACUUUAUUUUUUAGUUUAAAUGUUUUUUUGUUUUGUAAACUCAAAUUUGCAAAAGGUCUCAAUAAAAUAGUUGUUAUUUUUCUUUUUGAUAGCA